UAUAGCCAAUUCUGACGUUAUCGCUGUAUUAGCUAGUGGAAACUCAAACCCCAGUCGCUUCAUUGACGUCGCGGUAUUAUGUACUGUAUUUUGCUGCUUUCAUUUUUUCUUGUAGCUAGCCUGCUAGCUAGUUGUCAACAAUGGGCGAUAGUGAGCAGGUAGAGUGGACGUUUAUGAAAUUAUACCUUAACGAUAUUGGAAACGCUCUUUCAGAUAAAUCUGGAACAUGGAUGUCGAAAAGAAAACCGGCUGCCUAUCAUGAAGAAGAACAGGCAGGGGUGACACCCACUCAAAGGUCAGAAAGGCAGCUGAGAACUCCCCAGAGAAACUCCAGGUGGCAAAGUCCCAGGACGCAUUCUAAACACCUGACAGAAGAAGAGAGGGGCUUUUCUCCUGUGUCUGGGUCUGGGGAGGAGAGCGACAAGGAGGCCUCCCCACCAAAAAGGAGGACCACAAUAAGCAGCUCCAAAAAGACAAGAACCAAGUCUCACACAAAGGAUUAUGAUGACUGUUCUGGGACAGAAUCUGGCAAGCAGCCAGAGAAGAGCACACAAAGAAAAAAAGGGCACAGCAACUCAAAAAAGAAUAAGACUAAUACUCACUGUAAGGAGGGGGAUAAUGACAACUUGUCAGACAAACCAACUGUGGUGGCUUCCCCCAGAAAAAGGAGCAGGCAAUGUAGUGACUUCAAUGUAUUUGAAGCAGAGGCUGAACCAUAUAAUACUGUGUCUGAGCCUGAGGUGGAGGUAGUUGUGGAGGGGGAGACUGAAGUGGCGUCUGCUUCAAAGAGGUGGAAACAGAACAACACCCCCAAAACAACUAAGCAUCAUGCCGAGGACAAAGCUGAGAGUGAACAUUAUGAGUUGGUAGAACAGGCUGAAGAGACUCCCAUUAGAAAAAAACUUAGCAAGUCUAAAAAGAUAAGAACGAGGACUCCCUCUGAAGACGUGACGGAAGAUGAAAGUGACCACUUUGAGACGGAAGGACAUGCUGAAGACACUACCCCCAGAAAAAGACAGAGGAGGUCGAUGGAAUCUAGAAAGAAGAGCUCCAAGAGUCAUUCGAAGAAAGCCAGCGAUGCAGAGAGUGAUGGUGAAUCAGGCAAACAUGUUUCCAAGAGUCUGCCUAAGGACUUACAUGAAGAAGAGAGUGACCAAGAUGCUGAGACGCAGUCUAAGAACCUCCGUGAGGAGAGUGACCAAGACUCUCAGACGGAGCCUAAAGGCUUAGGUGCAGAGAAGUGGCACCGCUCUGACCAUCCAGAGGAGGAGACAGAACAGGAGGUGUUACCUGCAAAGAGAGAAAGAGGACCCAAGAGCAUGAAGACCGUGAAGUUAGAUUCCAACUCUGACUCUGAAAAUGUCACUGUUAAAAACAAAGGCAAAAAGCAAGGUGCCACAGGUUUGAAGGCACCAAGAGUAAGAUUUAGACCACCUGUAGAGAAAAAGAAAAGGGUGAAAAUACUUCAUAUUUGCAGUUUCUGUGAAAAGGUCCUGCCUAACAGGGAUGCUCUGGGUAGGCACCUUCAGCGUCACACAGGGGAGAAGCCUUACCACUGUGAAGAGUGUGGCAAAGACUACGGCAGCAAAAACACCCUGAAGAUUCACAAUAUGCAGGUUCACCACAAGGGGACAAAGGACUUCAUAUGCAAUGAUUGUGGUCAACAGUUUACCCACUUCACGUACCUCAAACGCCACCUGUACUCCCACACGGACAAGGAAAAGAGGCCACACCUGUGCAAUGUGUGUGGGAAGCAUUUCAUCCAGAAGUCUCACUUGGACCGUCACAAGAUGAUUCACACCGGAGAGAAACCAUUCAACUGCGAGCACUGCGCCAUGGCCUUCAAUCGUCCGGACUCCCUGCGGAUGCAUCUGAAGCUACACGUGUCGGGUAGUGAGGGGCCAAAUCUGGCAGAGCAAGAGAAGACUAAGUGCACAGCGUGUAAGAAGAGCUUUGUCAACCCAAAUUACCUCAAAGUCCACAUGAGAAUACACACUGGGGAGAGGCCAUACAAGUGUGAGGACUGUGCCAAGAGCUUCACCCAGAUCAGUAUUCUCAACGCGCACCGGCGCACGCACACUGGAGAGAAGCCACACGAGUGCAAAGCGUGCGGCUGCUGUUUCACCCGUCGCAAGUACCUGGAUGAUCACAUAGGCAGAAAGCAUGGGUCUUUAGAGCAAAUGAAUGAACAGCAGGAUGAACAAUGAUACCUGAGUUUUUACGUGUUGUGACUUAAUGUGUGUAACACAUAAUAUAAAUAUUGAAGAUCAGGCAAGGCUGGACUGUUGCCUAGUAGUUUCUCUUGUGAUGUUGCAGGAUGUUUUUUCCUGUCAUGCCAUGAUAAAAAUACUGUUUUGGCUUUAUAGUGGCGCCCAUUCUGAAAAUGGAUAUGUAGCCUUCGAGAUCAUUCCUUUGAAUCUAUACUCAACUUUGAUGGUCCACACAAUUUACUGUAAUGCUUUAUUGGUUUGCAAAAGUAUGUGGACGGCUGCUCGUCGAAUAUCUCAUUCCAAAAUCCUUGGCAUUAAUAUGGAGUUGCUCCCCCCUUUACUGCUGUUAAAGCCUCCACUCUUUUGGGAAGGUUUUCCAUUAGAUGCUGGAACAUUGCUGCAGGGACUUGCUUCCAUUUAGCCACAACAGCGUUAGUGAGGUUGGGCAAUUAGGCCUGGCUCACAGUCGUCCCAAUUCAUCCCAAAGGUGUUUGAUGGAGUUGAGGUCAGGGCUCUGUGCAGGCCAAUCAACUUCUUCCACGCCGAUCUCAACAAACCAUUUCUGUAUAGACCUCGCUUUGUGUACGGGGGUAUUGUCAUGCUGAAGCAGGAAAGGGCCUUCCUCAAACUGUAGCCACAAAGUUGGAAGCACAGAAUCGUUGGAAGCACAGUUAUUGACAGACAAUGUUUACAUGCUUAGGCGCCUGGCGGUCCCGUUCUGUAAGUUUGUGUGGCCUACCACUUCGCGGCUGAGCCGUUGUUGCUCCUCGACGUUUCCACUUCACAAUAACAGCACUUACAGUUGACCGUGGCAGUUCUAGCAGGGUGUAAAUUGGACAAACUGACUUGUUGGAAAGGUGGAAUCCUAUGAAGGUCACUGAGCUCUUCAGUACUGGCCAUUCUACUGCCAAUGUUUGUCUCUGGAGAUUACAUGGCUGUGUGCUCGAUUUGAUACACCUGACAGCAAUGGGUGUGGCUACAAUGGCCCGAAUCCACUAAUUUGAAGGGGUGUCCACAUAAUAACACGAUAGACACUAUCAUCAAUGUACAGUAAGAUCUAUUAGGUUACAAUUGGUUUAUUUGCGUCAUACAUAAUUAACAAUCAAACUGGAGAAUAAAUUCCAACAAAGUAACAUGACUUAAUUCAUAUUUCCAUUUUCAUUGACAAGUAACUGGGCUGAUACUCGACCGGAUUUUUGUGGUGUUUUUAAACCAUUAAGCUUUAUGCUUACACGCUAUCAUUUAUUUAUUCUCCAUGUUGAAUCAAUAGUUUUUUAUGCUUAUCAUAAUUUUGAAUUGAUUGCUUGGUGGUUUUUCUUCUUUUGGACUGAAAAGACAUCUUCAGGCUUAAACCAACUGAAGUGUUUGAAACUAAGUGUAUCUGAUAUUUUCUCCUUGCCAUUACGGAUAUUUUAUUUGAUUAUUAUUAUUAUUAUUAUUAUUUUUCACCUUUAUUUAACCAGGUAGGCCAGUUGAGAACAAGUUCUCAUAUACAACUGCGACCUGGCCAAGAUAAAGCAAAGCAGUGCGACACAAACAACAACACAGAGUUACACAUGGAAUAAACAAACGCACAAUCAAUAACACAAUAGGAAAAAAUCUAUAUACAGUGAGUGCAAAUGAGGUAAGAUUAGGGAGGUAAGGCAAUUAAUUAGGCCGCAUUAGCGAAGUAAUUACAAUUUAGCAAUUAAACACUGGAAUGGUAGAUGUGCAGGUUGAAAUGAAUUGGACAUAAGAAACCGCAUCUUCGUACUUUUUCUUUCAACAAUAACUCUGGGAGGUAAAACAUUGGAGAGUGGUAAUUGAGUCAUGCAUAAUGUCAGACAAAAAAAAGUUGAAUCUAAUGUCUCUGCAGUCAUUGUACCUGUCUAAUAUGCAUAAUAUUGCGUGAAAUAAUCCCUUAAUAACAAAUAAGGCUUGUAUAUGUUGACUUAUAUAAGGCAUGUGCUUUAACUCCGUUAUACUGUAUUUACCAGACACUGUUUAUCUAGUGGGGUGAUGAUCGUGCUGUGCAAUACUGUUUGCUGAUAGAAUAUCCGCCUUGAUUACCACAUCCUGUUCUACGAUACAUAAACCCUGUAAAGGUUCUCGCUGUUAUGUUAUUUGUUGGUUCGACCCUUAAAAUACUUCACAUAUAGACCGACCAUCUGUCAUGGUGACAGGUUUUGUUAAUAAGAGGAUCCUGUGGAAAUAAAUAAAGUCAUUUGGAAACAGG